AUGGGGUACAAUUUGUCCUAUGGAAAACUGCCAGUUCCCACAGACAAUCACCUCAGCCCAGACAACAGCAGCUCGCCCAACGCCAGCUCCCUGGGGCGCUCCGCGCGUGAUGAGUUCACCACCAUCGUCCUGCCCGUGCUCUACCUCGUCAUCUUCCUGGCCAGCCUCCUGCUGAACGGCCUGGCAGUGUGGAUCUUCUUCCACAUCAGAAACAAAACCAGCUUCAUAUUUUACCUCAAGAACAUUGUGGUUGCAGACCUGCUCAUGACGCUGACGUUCCCGUUCAAGAUCAUCCAGGACUCGCGGCUGGGGCCGUGGCACUUCAACUCCUUCCUGUGCCGCUACACCACGGUGCUGUUCUACGCCAACAUGUACACCACCAUCGUCUUCCUGGGGCUCAUCAGCAUCGACCGCUACCUGAAGGUGGUGAAGCCCUUUGGAGACUCCAGGAUGUACAGCAUCACCUUCACCAAGAUCCUGUCAGCCUGUGUGUGGGUGGUGAUGGCGUUCCUGGCGCUGCCAAACCUGAUCCUCACCAACGGCUACCCCACCAAGAGAAACGUCGACGACUGCCUGAAGCUGAAGUCUCCCCUGGGAGUCAAGUGGCACUCGGCUGUCAUCUACAUCAACACCUGCAUGUUCGUGGUGGUGCUGGUAGUGCUGAUAGGGUGUUACAUUGCCAUCUCCAGGUACAUCUAUAAAUCCAGCAAACAGUUCAUUAGCUCGUCCAGCCGAAAGCGGAAGCACAACCAGAGUAUAAGGGUUGUCGUGGCCGUGUUUUUCACCUGCUUUCUGCCCUACCAUUUGUGUCGAAUACCCUUUACUUUUAGUCAUCUGGACAAAAUUUUAGAUGACUCUGCACAUAAAAUCUUAUAUUAUUGUAAGGAAAUGACACUGUUCCUGUCCGCAUGCAACGUCUGUCUGGAUCCAAUCAUUUAUUUUUUCAUGUGUCGAUCAUUCUCACGAAGGCUGUUCAGGAAAUCCAACAUGAGAACCAGGAGCGAGAGCAUCAGGUCCCUCCAGAGCGUCAGGAGGUCGGAGGUGCGCAUCUACCACGAGUACACUGACGUCUGA